CUUUAUAAAGCUAUCCAGCGCAUGGGGCCUUAUUCUGCGCGCUCUUGAAGGCUGAAAUCAAAAGACCGGGGCAGCAGUUAGACAGCGAUGGCAUCUUUAGGGCUGCAGAUUCUGGGAGUCGCACUUGCAGUUCUCGGCUGGAUUGGAAACAUCCUUAUUUGCAUCCUACCCAUGUGGAAAGUAUCAGCGUUCAUCGGCAACAAUAUAGUGGUGGCGCAGACCAUCUGGGAAGGACUCUGGAUGACGUGCGUAGUGCAGAGCACGGGGCAGAUGCAGUGUAAAGUCUAUGACUCUCUCCUAGCUUUGCCUCCGGACCUACAGGCUUCCCGGGCCAUGGUGGUCAUUGCUAUUCUGGUCUCUCUGUUCGGCGUGCUACUGUCGGUUGUCGGGGGUAAAUGCACCACCUGCAUUGGGGAUCAAGUCGCCAAGGCCCGGGUCGUUAUCUCCGCGGGUGUUUUCUUCAUCGUGAGUGGGUCAUUGUGCCUAGUCACGGUGUGCCUGCCUGCCAAUGCUAUCAUAAAGGACUUCUACAACCCCAUGAUCCCAGACGUGCAAAGGAGAGAGCUCGGUGCGUCCCUGUAUAUAGGAUGGGGUGCAUCCGCAAUGCUGCUUAUCGGAGGCGCGCUUCUGUGCUGUCAAUGCCCAUCGAAGGGGGACCGUUAUGGAGCAAAGUACACUGCACCGAAGUCCACUGCGUCAGGGAAAGAAUUUGUGUGAUUUUCUCUUUGUCUUAAUUUUUUACGAAUUGAUAAAUCAUGUUUUAAAUGUUUUGCAUCCCAUGUGAAUGUUAUGCGAAAUGUUUUUUUUCACUAGCCGUAACAUUUUCUGAAAAAAACUGAGCUAGUUCUGUUUUUCUUUUCUCUGGAAUCUUAGUUUUGGGCAACAGUAGCACUUCAGACAACUUAAACACUUAGGCGCUUGUGUUAACCAUCGUUUAUUUUUAUACUAAAUAAAGCCUAUGAUCAGCCUUUUAUAAGAACAUCGUUUUCUAUGUGUUCCUUAUACAGUGAAAAUACCGUAUGGACAGAGUUGUCAAUCUCAAAAACAUGAGUAAGCCACAUAACAUUUUAUAUGGUAAGCACAUUAAGGCAAGCACGAACAUGUUUGGUGACAACAAAGGUUGUGAUGGCAAGCAAGUUACCUGACCGACCGCAAAUAUCAUAUUUGCAUAACAGAUGCGCACUGUGGAGACUAAAUGCAUUUCUCGGCAACAUGUUUCCAUGCGACGGACUGUGUUGUCUCAGAAUGUGACAUCUGUUUUAUUCAAGGCAGAGACUUGAAAUUAUAGUUUGGUCAC